AUGGCGACCUCGCAGCGUGUCGUUAUCAUUGGUGCCGGCAUCGUCGGUACCAAUCUUGCGGAUGAGCUGGUCUCCCGAGGAUGGAACAACAUUACUGUCAUCGAACAGGGCCCCCUAAGUAUGCCAGGUGGUUCGACAUCACAUGCUCCCGGACUCGUCUUCCAAACGAACCCGUCCAAGACGAUGACCUUGUUCGCAAAGUAUACGGUGGAAAAGUUUCAAGCCUUGGAGCGGGAUGGUCAGAACUGCUUCAACCAACUUGGAGGUCUAGAGGUGGCGACCACCCCAGAACGCCUUGAAGAGCUCAAACGCAAGCAUGGAUAUGCACAAUCAUGGGGUAUCGAGGCCUACCUGAUCAGCCCAGAGGAGUGUUUGAAGAAACAUCCGCUCCUCAACAAAGACAUGAUCCUCGGCGGACUUCAUAUCCCGAGUGACGGUCUGGCAUUGGCAGCUCGCGCGACGCAAAUACUCAUUGAAAGUACAAGCAAAGCUGGCGUCCGAUAUCUCGAACGCACAGUGGUCACUGGGAUUGAGCAGGCUGAUGACCACGUGACGGGCGUAACCACAAAUAAGGGAUAUGUUCCAGCCGACAUCGUUGUCUCGUGUGCUGGCUUCUGGGGCGUCGAAAUCGGUGCAAUGAUUGGAUUGAAAGUCCCUCUGCUACCUCUCGGACAUCAAUAUGUCAAGACAACGGCUGUGCCAGGCCUACAGGGUCGGGAAGUCAACACAAAGAUUAAUGCAAAGAACGCUGAGUUUCCCAUUUUACGACACCAGGACCAGGACUUGUAUUAUCGAGAACAUGGCGAACAGCUUGGAAUUGGAUAUUAUGGACAUCGACCUAUGCCCAUUGUGGCCUCAUCAUUAGGAAACACUCCUAAGCAUGUUGACGAAAAGAACAUGCCGUCACGUCUCGAAUUCACACCAGAAGACUUCGAACCAGCUUGGAAAGCCACCAAAGAGCUACUGCCCGCCUUGAGAAAUACUGAAAUUGCUGAUGGUUUCAACGGUAUUUUCUCCUUCACUCCGGAUGGUGGUUCUGUCGUGGGCCAAGCCCCUAAUCUGGAUGGCUUCUGGGUAGCCGAGGCCGUUUGGGUCACGCACUCUGCUGGUGUAGCUCGUGCAGUGGCAGAGACGCUGACUGAUGGCCAUUCGACUGUAGAUAUGGCCGAGUGUGAGCUGACACGUUUCGAAGAGGUCCAACUAAGUCCAGAGUACGUCAGCGAGACUUCGCAGCAAAAUUUCGUCGAAAUCUACGAUAUCAUUCAUCCUCUUGCCCCCAAGCUGAACCCUCGUAAUCUCCGCGUCAGCCCUUUUUAUCUCCGAGAACAAGAACUUGGUGCCUUCUUCCUUGAAGUUGGUGGUUGGGAGCGUCCACACUGGUACGAGGCAAACGCAGAUUUGAUCAAGACACUGCCUCCUGAUUGGCAGCCAGUCGAUCGAGAUGCCUGGUCAUCGCAGUUUUACUCUCCAAUCGCUGCCGCUGAGGCUUGGAAGACGCGCAACGCAGUAGCCAUGUACGACAUGACAACAUUUCACCGCUUCGAGAUAUCUGGUCCUGGUGCUACAAAUCUGCUCCAGGGAUUGACGACAAGCGACAUAUCUAAAAAGCCGGGAAACAUAACACAUACUUUACUUGUUGAUGCUUAUGGUGGCGUUUUGAGCGACAUCUUCGUGUCGAGACUUGAAGACAAUGUCUAUCAGGUGGGCGCAAACACCGCAACGGAUCUCGUCCAUCUUGCACGCAAAGCGCGUAAGCAAAGUAAAGAAACGCCUAGCCAAUGGGCACAAGUACGCGAUAUUACUGGUAGUACUUGCUGCCUCGGUCUUUGGGGUCCACGAGCAGGAGACGUUAUCCUGACUGUCAGUUCUGAGGAUUUCAGCAACAAGGGCUUACCAUACAUGGGUGUGAAGAAGACAAUCAUAGCCGGUAUCCCGGUGACAAUGUUUAGGAAGUCCUUUGUCGGGGAAUACGGAUGGGAGAUUCAGACUUCGCCUGAGUACGGCCUCCGUCUCUGGGACAUGUUAUGGCAGUCAGGGCAACCUCAUGGCCUUGUCGCCGCCGGUCGUGCGGCUUUCAACGGUCUUCGGAUAGAGAAGGGUAUCAGAGCGUCCGGGAGUGACAUGACAUCCGAACAUAAUCCGUGGGAAGCUGGCGUCACGUACGCAAUACAAUUGGAUAAAAAAACCGACUAUGUUGGCAAGACUGCGCUCGAGCACCUAUCGAAGAAAGCACCCAAACGAAGGCUCCGAUGCCUGAUUGUCGAUGAUGGUCGGUCCAUGAUACUGGGCAAGGAACCCGUUUUUGUAGCCGGCAAGAGAGCCGGUUACGUCACCAGUGCUGCCUUUGGAUACACAGUGCGGAAACCGGUCGCUUACGCCUGGUUGCCAAGCAAUAUCAGUGAAGGAGUGACGGUAGAAAUUCAGUACUUUGGGAAGAGAAUCGCGGCAACAGUAACCAAAGAUCCAUUGCACGACCCGCAGGAGCGACGUCUUCGCAGCGAAGGUUCAUCGCGCAAGACCGAGCCACAAAAGAGGCUCAGGUCGCUGUUGUGA